ACAUUCAACAAAGGAACUGUACGCAGCAGUUGUAACAGUUGUAAGCACUUAGUAACAAAAUGUGUCCUUUGGAUGUGUGUUGGCCCCACCGCCAGGACUCCUGCCCCCACCAAGCCUCCUUUCCCGGCACAGCAUAUUGAGACAGAGUCGCUAUUGUUCACCGCGGAGCAGCCUGUGUGUUUUAUACAGUCGGAGAGACCGUGGAACAAGGAAGACACCGCGACACACGGUCGUCACCUACCUGUUGAAUAUUACCUACUGUUUAAUGAUCGAGUCAGGUGUUGGGUUGACAACUUACUCACUGUCGGAGAACAAAGUCGAACCUGGGGAUAAAGGAUAGUCAGUCGAGUUUAGUCGAGGUAAAGGCGGAAGGAAGGAGGAUUUGUGGAAGAGGUAGCCACUCCAAUGUUUUAACCGGACAGACAGACCACCGGAUUUAUCAACAGACCAGAAACAGAUUUAUUGACGCAGCCACACGAUGCCUUUAGGACUGAGACGAAAGAAGAACAAGUCGAGGGAGAGCUCGAACCUGGUGGAGAAUGAGGAGCCCGGUGGACACACCGGUGGGCGCUCCGUGAAGUCGACCGUAAACGGAGCUGGGCUCCCACCGCCACCUGCCAACCUGCGGCCCAAACUAGUGUUCCACACUCAGCUCGCUCACGGCAGCCCCACGGGAAGGAUCGAGGGAUUUAAUAACGUCAAAGAACUCUACGGGAAAAUAGCUGAGACGUUCAAUUUAAGUCAACCGGAGAUCCUGUUCUGUACAUUGAACACCCAUAAGAUCGACAUGGAGAAGCUGCUUGGUGGUCAGAUCGGCCUGGAGGACUUUAUAUUCGCCCACAUUAAAGCCAUUAAGAAGGAGGUGGAGGUGUUUAAGUCAGAGGACGCCCUGGGCCUCACCAUCACAGAUAACGGGGCGGGUUACGCCUUCAUCAAGCGUAUCAAGGAGGGCAGUGUGGUGGACAAGGUGAAGGUGAUCUCUGUAGGAGACCACAUAGAAUGCAUCAACGGGAAGAACAUUGUGGGAUCACGUCACUACGAGGUGGCUCGCAUGCUGAAGGAGCUGCCGAAAGACCAGCAGUUCACCCUCAAACUGGUGGAGCCCAUGAAGGCCUUCGAGAUGCUGGAGCCGCGGUCGAAGGGAGCCAAGGAGGCCAGUGACAAUAAGAUGGGGACAGGGAGAGGGACUCUGAGACUUCGCUCCAGGGGCCCUGCUACCGUAGAGGAAGUGCCGACAGAGUUUGAGGAGAGAGCAGUGAAGAAGGUGGAUGACCUACUGGAGACUUACAUGGGUAUCAGAGAUACAGAACUGGCGGCGACCAUGGUGGAGGUGGGUCGGGACAAGAAGAACCCUGAUGAGUUUGCCAUGGCUCUGGACGAGGCUCUCGGGGACUUCGCUUUUCCUGACGAGUUUGUGUUCGACGUCUGGGGCGCUAUCGGAGACGCCAAACAGGGACACGUUUUAACUUUCCCCUGAUUCCCUAGCCUGGUCCCAGAUCUGUUUACAGCUGGCAAGACCUCACAAACAGAUCUGCGACCAGGCUACCAAUCCCCCUGAGUACCACAGCUCCACAUCUUCAUCCAGCGAACUGGACAAAUACCAGCCAGUAGAGAAAGAGGCUAAGGGUGCCUCUGUUUUGUAGGGUUACCAGUGUUGCACCCAAAAAGACAGAAUCACUUCAGUCAUGUCCCACUCAACCUAGUUUUCUGCUUGUGUCCCAAAUGGCCCCUCCAUAUUCCCUUUAUAGUGCACUACUCAUAGGGCCCUGGCCAAAUGUAGUGCACUAUAUAGGAAAUAGUGUGCUAUUUGGGAUAUACAUUCUAUGUCCUUUUUCCACAGGUUACAAAAGGGUUCUGAUGUCUGAAUCACCACUACAGCACUUGGCUUUAAUGACUGUGGUGAACCGACACUGAGGAUCACAUACAGUAGACUACUGUUUAUCAGGGCUUUACUGACUGUGGUGAACCGACACUGAGGAUCACAUACAGUAGACUACUGUUUAUCAGGGCUUUACUGACUGUGGUGAACCGACACUGAGGAUCACAUACAGUAGACUACUGUUUAUCAGGGCUUUACUGACUGUGGUGAACCGACACUGAG